AUGGAGAAUGUCUGUCUUCAUGGAGCCCCUCAGAACCAGAGCUCUGUUCCUCCCAUGUUCAUCUUGACCGGCAUCCCAGGAUUAGAAGAAAGGAGCAACUGGGUCGCCACCCUCUUCUGCUCCCUGUACUUCCUGGCCAUCUUGGGAAACAGCCUCAUUCUCCUUGUGGUUGCAAAGGAGCAAGGUCUCCACAAGCCCAUGUACCUUUUCCUCUCCAUGCUGGCGCUGAGUGAGCUGGGCAUCUCUCUCUCCUCUGCUCCAACGGUCCUGAACCUCUUCCUCUUUGACGUCAGGGAGAUCGGGAUCAAUGCCUGCCUGGCCCAGAUGUUCUUCAUCCACUCUUUCUCCAUCAUGGACUCAGGAGUCCUCUGGGCCAUGGCCUUUGACCGUUUCGUAGCCAUCUACAACCCCCUGCAGUACGCCGCCAUCCUGACAAACUCUCGGGUCGUUAUGAUAGGUUUGGUGGUUGCUGCAAGGAGCGUCGUCCUAAUGAUACCUCUGCCUGUCCUUCUGCGGGGGCUGCCCUUCUGCAGGCCCAACGUCCUGGCUCACCCCUUCUGCUUACACUCCAAUUUAAUCCGUUUUCCGUGUGCUGACAUCACAGUGAACAGCCGAUGUGGUCUGUUUGUUGUGCUCUCUACUUUUGGGCUCGAUUCGUUAUGUAUUGUCCUCUCCUACAUCAUGAUCCUCAAGACGGUGCUGGGCAUGGCUUCGAAAGAAGGGCGUCUGAAGGCACUCAACACCUGCGUCUCCCACAUCUGUGCCGUGGUGGUGUACUACGUCCCGAUGAUCGGCGUCUCCAUGGCACAUCGUUUUGGCAAGCACGCUUCUCCCCUUCUGCACUCCCUCAUGGCCAACAUCUACCUCCUGGUCCCCCCAGUCCUGAACCCCAUCAUCUACAGCAUAAAGACCAAAGAGAUCCGCAAGGCUUUCAGGAAGCUCUUCUCUCUGAAAAGUUCUUUGUAA